GCUCGUAUUUCCAUCAAGCAGAGACAAAUUGUGGCCAAUGAAUUGAACAUUCCCGGUUGUCUCGGAGCAGUGCCCUUUGUGGUGUCUUUCUUCUCGUCUUGUGCUUCUUCCGUGCCCACCCGCGCGCGCAGCAAAACCACCCCAUCGGGGAGCUCCCUGCACAUGCCCAUAAAACCCCCCGGGUCGACUUGCAUAGUCGCCAGACAGCCAAAAUCUGCGGAAUCCGGCGUUCAUUCUUGUACCUCGCACUCUCCCUCGCACUCUCCCAAACAUCAUCUGCUGAAAGCCCGUGUGGGUGCCUUGUCGAAACCAUGAGAGCCUGCGUUGCAGUGAUAUGCUGGACGACCUUCAUAGGAUCGGGUCUCUGGGUCAAUGCUAUUCCAGCACUGGGCAUCGAUUUUCUAUCGCCAAGAGAUGCAGAAGCCGGCUUUCAGCUACCCAGGGUCGUGUCAUUCAGAGAUGGUCUGCUCUCACUAUUCUCUUCUGUCCAGGACAUACCCGACGAGGAUCCUGCGGCCACUGAUACUGUCAGUGGUGGUGACGAGGGCGGCAUGGAAGUUCUUGGUGAUGCGCAUGCCGCUUUCGGCGAUGAGGAGGGCGGCCAAGAGAUUGGGGUGACCGAUGUAAUGCCGAUCUUUGCGUUGUUCUCGCACAGAUUAUCACCAGCAAAGGUCGUUCUUGAGCAGCGCCAAGACAGCAGCGGCGCAGAUGAUAACAACGACGACGAAAAAGACGACGAAGACGAGAAGAAAGAGUUGUAUCUCUGCUCAAACCCGAAUUUCGACACGACCUGCGGUGGAGGAUGUAUGUGUGCGAGCGUAUCGGUGACCACGGCGCCAUUGACGUACGGUGGGAAGCCGCCCUGUGGUAUGUGCUUCCUCUUUGCUUCGGAAAACAACGAUGCUGGAAAUACCUCAAGAAACGCCAUCGGCAUGAUUCCGGUGCUGAGUACUAAUGAAAGACACGCAGCUGCUCUUCCGUAUGAACUCCGACCUGGAAACCCGCAGGGCGUGUCCUCGGCCAGAGCUUACUCUGGCUGGAACUGUACUCUCUUUGCGUAUGUCUUCGUCUCCCCGUAUCAGCGACCCUCCGAUAACAGAUGCAUGGGCUGA